AUGGACUUCAACAUUGAUCAUUAUUAUAGACUUAAUCGUAUUUUUCUGUCAGUUAUUGGCUUGUGGCCGCAUCGUUAUAUUACAUUGAGGCAAAUUCAGUGCGUUGUAUCGUCAUUUAUUUUAAUAUCAGUAACAUUUCCUCAAAUAAAGGAAUUAAUGCAGCAAAUGCAAAAUGAUUGGAACGCUUUGAAUGAUAUUAAUGAGCUUGAAAUAUUUCAUCGAUAUGCAAAAACGGCAAGGUUAUUCACUACAACUAUAGCAAGUAAAUAA